AUGAAUAACUUGAUUCCAUUAGUAAACAAACUUCAAGAUGUUUUUAAUACAAUUGGUAGUGAGACAGUAGAUCUACCACAAAUAAUUGUGGUUGGGUCACAGUCUUCCGGUAAAUCAUCAGUACUUGAGAAUAUUGUCCAACGUGAUUUCUUACCUCGUGGUUGUGGAAUUGUUACUCGUCGACCGUUGGUACUUCAACUUGUCAAUUCACCACCACCUGACGACAUUGAAGCAGAUUCAAAAGCAGCAGAAGAGUAUGGCGUGUUCUUGCAUGAGCCAAGUCAAAACUUUACAGAUUUCACUGAAAUAAGAAAAGAAAUUGAAGCGGAAACUGUUAGAGUUGCCGGUCAGAAUAAAGGAAUUUCAAGGUCACCAAUUCACCUAAAAAUAUACUCUCCCAAAGUUCUCAACUUAACUUUGGUAGAUCUUCCUGGGUUGACCAAGAUUCCUAUUGUCAGUCCAGCAAAUGUAGAUUUAGUAAAUUCAGAAAGUUUAAAACUUGCAAAGCAAGUUGAUCCAGAAGGAAGAAGAACAAUAGGGGUAUUAACAAAGUUAGAUUUGAUGGAUGCAGGAACAAAUGCAUUAGAUAUUCUUACUGGUCGCGUAUUUCCAUUAAAAUUAGGGUUUAUUGGAGUGGUGAAUCGGAGUCAACAAGAUAUAAUUGGUAAUAAACCAAUGUCUGAUGCUUUAAAAUCUGAAGCAAUUUUUUUCAAAAAUCAUCCAGCAUACCGAAAUAUUGCUACACGAUUGGGUACAUCAUUCUUGACAAAAACUUUAAAUAAUAUUUUAAUGAAUCACAUACGUGAAAGAUUACCAGAUAUAAAAGCACACAUCAACGCACUCAUAGGUCAAACAACACAAGAAUUAAUGACUUAUGGAGAUCCUGCGCUUGAUGGAAAAUCAAAUAAGGUUUCAUUAAUAUUAAAACAUCUUACAAAAUUUGCAACCGACUUUGUAACUUCUAUUGAUGGCACAACAAGCCAUAUUUCAACUAAAGAACUUAUAUAUGGAGCAGCAUUGGAAACUAUUAACCCAUGUGGAAACCUUUCAGUACAAGAUAUUCGAACUGCUAUACGUAACUCAACAGGGCCAAGACCAUCAUUAUUUGUUCCAGAGAUUGCGUUUGAUUUGUUGGUUAAGCCUCAAAUCCAAUUACUUGAACAACCUAGUUUGAGGUGUGUCGAACUUGUAUAUGAAGAAUUAUCAAAAAUAUGUCAUAACUGUGGUGGUUCGAUAAUUGAAGUGUUGUCCGAUCUACUUCGAGAAAGACUUACACCUACAUCAGCGUACGUGGAAAGUCUAAUAAGUAUUCAACGUGCCUAUAUUAAUACAAAUCAUCCAGAUUUUAUUGGUGGUGGGGGCGGCUCUUUGUUAAAUAAUAAUAAUUCAUCAUCGUCAAUAAAUAAUUUAAAGGAUGAUGGACCAGAUGGAUCAUCAUCACAUUUUGAAAAUAAUGGCAUUAAUGGUGGUAAAGAUCAUAAUAAUAUGAUGGGUCAUCAUUUACAAAAUGGUGUUGGUGGCAGUAGUGGCAGCAAUCACCAAACAUGGGCACAGCGUGAAUUCUUUUUGACGUAUUUCUUUGGUAGUGGUAAUAAAAACGAUAGAACAGCAUUACCUGAUCAACCACUAUCAUCUACUAAAAACGGAACAUUUGCUAAAUCUAGCAUAGAUAUCAUAGAAUUAGAGAAGAAAUUCGAAGGUAUCGCUUUGGAUGAUCAUAACAAUUUAUCUGAAAGAGAAGAAUUGGAAACUCAAUUAAUACGAUCACUUAUCUCAUCAUAUUUUAAUAUUGUAAGAAAAACGAUUAGAGACACAGUGCCCAAGGCAAUUAUGCACCUAUUAGUCAACCAUUCACGUGAAGAAGUACAGAAUCGAUUAGUCUCCGAGUUAUACAAAGAUGAUUUAUUUGAUGAAUUGUUACAGGAAGAUGAGAAUUUGGCGAGCGAAAGACAAAAAUGCAAAACAAUGUUAGAAGUUUAUAGAAAAGCUUUUGAGAUUAUUAACGAGGCUAUGUAA